AUGCUACGAUCAUCUUUUCUUUGUAACUCAAAGAAAUGGAAUCUGCUGCACAGACUUGUUCAUUCAGAAGCUAUCACUUAUACUGAGCAUGGUGAUCCAGAACAGGUUUUACGUUUCUCAUCCACUCCAGUACACCCGUUUGCAAAUGAUGAAAUUUUGGUAAAAGUCUGUGCUGCCCCUAUUAAUCCAUCGGACAUUAACACAAUACAAGGUGAUUAUCCAAUCAAACCAAAACUACCUGCUGUUGCUGGGAAUGAAGGUGCGGGUAAAAUUAUUGCCUGUGGGAAAAACGUGGAUGGUUUCUCUGUAGGCGAUACAGUUAUUCCCUUGGGAUUAGCAUCAGGUACAUGGCAAACAUACUGGUGUGGUAAAGCUGACAGUUUCUUGAAGAUAAAAUAUCCCAUCUCAAUGUCUUGUGCUGCAACAUUAGCAAUUAAUCCUAGCACUGCACUCCAUUUACUCAAUAAUUUUGUAGAGUUUCAAAAAGGCGAUACUUUGAUUCAAAAUGGUGCAACUAGUGCUGUUGGAAUAUAUGUGAUACAAAUAGCAAAAAUAUUAGGAUAUAAUACAGUGAAUCUGUUUCGUGAAAGAGGUACACCUGAAGCCACUGAAGAAACACGUAAUCUUCUUAAAAGUUAUGGAGGUACAUGGUGUCUCACAGAGUCUGAAUACAUGGAACGAGCAAAAGAAAUGGGUCCUUUUAAACUGGCGUUAAACUGCUUAGGGGGAAAACCUGCGUCUAUCUUGGUGAAAAACCUAAGUCAUUUCGGGACUAUGGUUACAUACGGUGGAAUGACACGAAAUCCAAUGCCCUUACCUGUUGGUCCAUUCAUUUUUAAAGAUAUCAGUUUACGCGGUUUUUGGCUGUCUAGUUUUAAUCUACGUCAGUCUCCUUCAAAAAGACAACUUACUGUCGAUCAAUUAUCAAAAUGGUUUUGUGAAGAUCUCAUUAAACCCUCACCAUAUGAAGAAAUUCCUUUCAAAGAAUGGCGUAAGGCGUUGCAUAUGUCACUAUUCAGUGAUUCAGUACCAACAAGUAUUAGAAAGAAGUCUGUUUUGAUUAUGGAAUGA